CAUUCAGAUCAUCAAUCCAUCCAUAUCCAAUCCGCGAAAAGAGAUUCUACCUUUAAUAGCUUCAGAAAAUACGAUGCCAACAAUGCUGCCAUGGCUGCUCUCCGAUCCUUUCUUCAGGGAUGCAUUAGACAAGAGCGGCGUCAGUAUGGACUGGAAGGAAACGCCGGAAGCCCACAUCUUCACAAUGGACCUUCCGGGGGUGUCGCCGGCGGACGUGAAGCUCCAGGUGCACGACGGCAGCGUGCUCCACAUAAAGGCCGACAGGAAGGAAGACGAAGGGGAUGAGAAGAGUGCUCAUUUCAGAUGGCACUGUAGGGAGCGCGGUGGUGGGGGGAGUUUGUGUAGGGAAUUCCGGCUGCCGGAGGAUGCGGCGGUGGAGAAGAUAAAGGCGGCCAUGAAAGACGGAGUGAUGGUGGUGACGGUGCCAAAGGACAAGAAGAAGCAGCAGCUGCUGAAUAAAAACCAGCACCAUGUGCAGAGACGCCGUGCGGUGGAGAUCGGCGACGGUGGUCACGACGGUAAAAUUGGGCUCCGACGAUUUGUUUGCUGCAAAGCCCCCUGAUCAGAUCAAGCAAUUGAAUCAUGUGAAUGAAUUAGUGAAUGAUUUCAAGCUUUGUGAAUUGAUAAAAUGGAUGUAAUGGAAGAAACCCUAGAUUCAUAUUGUAUGUAUAUAUGUUUUGAAAUGUAAGGUAAAUUACGCACACAAACACACAUUCUAAUAUUGUCAUGUAUCAACUCAGAGAGAUAAAUAAA